AUGGACGCCUCAAACCGCUAUCCAUCUCCGAGUUCCACCAGCGACCAGUCUGGCAGCGCUUCGCCCAUGAAACUCCCAGACGCCAUCGGCGAGAUUCAGGUUAGGACGGAUGGCCCGCCGCCGGCCAAGAGGAGGAAGGUCGCCGAGCGCAAACCCCGCACUACCGAGUACAUUGAUCUCUCGGAUCGCGACGAGGAGGACGAGGCGCAGUUAGACCGUCUCUUGUCAGUUCUGCGCAAGAAGAAGAAGAUCGUCGUAAUCGCUGGCGCUGGAAUCUCUGUCUCUGCUGGAAUUCCCGACUUCCGCUCUUCACAUGGUCUCUUUCAGACCCUAAGGGCCAAGCACAAGAUCAAGGGGGGAGGAAAGAGUCUUUUUGAUGCCUCCGUGUACAGAGACGACAAGUCUACAGAGGAAUUCCAUAAGAUGGUCCGAGAUCUGUCGCGGCUUACACAGUCUGCAAAACCCACCCCAUUUCACCAUAUGUUGGCGUCUCUCGCCGAGGAAGGCCGCUUGAUGCGUCUCUAUUCUCAAAACGUCGACUGUAUCGAUACAUCUAUGAAACCACUUGCCACUACUGUACCACUGAACGCGAAGGGGCCAUGGCCUGCCACCAUUCAGUUGCAUGGCGGGUUGGAGAAAAUGGUAUGUACAAAGUGCGGCCAGAUUGAUGAUUUUGAGGCGUCACUCUUCCAGGGGCCAGAGCCCCCACCGUGCAAGAAGUGCGAGGCCGAUGAUCAUGUCAGAACCGCGUUUGCUGGGAAGCGAAGUCACGGCAUCGGACGUCUGCGGCCACGCAUGGUCCUGUAUCAGGAGUAUCAUCCCGAUUCGGAAGCCAUUGGUGCUGUAUCUAACAGCGAUCUGAGAAGAGUUCCUGAUGCUGUUAUUGUUGUUGGCACAAGCUUGAAGGUGCCUGGGGUGCAGAGAAUCGUGAAGCUGUUAUGUCGAGCCACCCGGGCCAAGCGUGAUGGGUUUACUGCAUGGAUUAAUCUGGAAUCCGAACCGCAGGGAGCCGGAAUGAACGAUCUAUGGGAUCUGGUGGUGAAGGGGAAAUGCGAUGACAUUGCAGAGUUGCUCAACCUGCCGCACUGGGAUGAGCAGGAUGUUGGUGAGAAGGAAACCUACAUGGUAACGGGCGACGAGCAAAAGGAAGAGCAGUACAAGAGAGGAGUGGGCCGUGACAGAAUUGAUGUGCUUCUACAGAAGAAGACGAUCAAUGAGUCUGACGAGGAGGACACUAAGCCUUCGGAAGCAAAAUCCAAGGUUGUGGAGCAAAUCCAAGCAGGCAUUCCCACCCCAAGUGCUAGUCCAAGACACCAGAGUCCUGUUCCAUCACGCAAGGCACUUCCAAAGGGAAAGACAAAGCAGAGCACGCUCAAAUUUACUGGCAAUUCGACUAUGGGAUCCAAGGAGGCUACAGCGGCAAAGAUCACCAAACCUCGAAAGCCGAGACAACCAAAGCAGGAUGCAAAGGCCAAGCCAAAGAAUGCUCUCACAAAGUCUUUCAAAGCUACGAAGAACACUGUGUCUGUCUCUGUCAAGACGCCCAUCAAACAGAUAAAAUCCGAUCCCGAAUCAUCAGACUUCUCCUCUCCCCCUGUGGAUGCCCAAGACGGCUUGAGCUUUGGCUUGCCCUCAUUGCGACCAUCCAAUGGCCUAAAGAAGGAUAUUUCUACCAUUAAGACAGAAGGGGAAUCGUCGCCAAACGAAAUCGAUUCCCAUCUUGUGUCCAACGAGCUUGAUGUGGCUUCAAGGCGUGAUACUAUCUCGCCAAAGUCCAAGCCGCGUAGUAUGGGUCACCUGAUCGACUAG